AUUGCUUCAUGUGUUGAACUUUGACCCAGUCAGAAGGCGAAUGAGUGUAAUCGUCAGAUCAAUAUCAGGUGAAACGCUGCUUUUUUGUAAGGGAGCCGACUCCUCCAUCUUCCCCAGAGUCAAACAGGAGGAAGUUGAAACGAUACGCAUGCAUGUGGAGCGUAAUGCAACAGAUGGUUACCGGACACUGUGUGUGGCCUACAAACAUCUUACCGCUGAGGAGUAUGACCAGGUAGAUUCAGGAUUAAGGGAAGCUAGACUGGCUCUGCAGGACAGAGAGGAGAAGCUCAUGGCUGUUUACAACCAAGUGGAGACUGGAAUGAAUCUAAUUGGAGCUACUGCUGUUGAAGAUCG